GCAAGUUUGCGGCGACCGUCGAGCCGACCGGGUGGCUGAGCCAGCCCGGCUGGGAGGAGCUGGUAGAGGACGGCCAGAAGGAAGAAGCGACGGAAGUGGUGGCUUGUACAAGCCUGGAGUCCGUCCUGCGGGAGCAGGACAUGGAGGAGGUGGACCUGCUACGGGUGAGCGUCCUGGGCCGGGAAUACCAAGCCUUGCUUUCUGCAGAAGCCCUCCUGGCUGCUGGAAAGGUGAAGACAUUGGCAAUCUCAGUACUGAAAUGCACGGAGAAUAAAUUGGAAUUGGCUACGAUGCUACGCCGCCAUGGGUACAGAUUAUCCUUCAUCGGCUUGGAAGAUGAAGAUGUGCUGGCUGUCAUGGCGGAUGUAGAUCUUAUCCCUGAAGGUACCUUGACGCUGGUUGCCCAAUAUGCUGGGUGA